AUGCAUGGCGACCUCAGACGUUGUUUGCAGGCUCGAGAUGGUGAGCCUAAACCUAGCACCAGCAGCAGUAGCAGCAGUAGCAGCAGUAGCAGCAGUAGCAGCAGUAGCAGCAGUAGCAGCAGCAGUAGCAGUAGCAGCAGCAGCAGUAGCAGUAGCAGCAGCAGUAGCAGUAGCAUCAACACAGUAGCAAUGAUCAGCAUAUGGUUAGUUUGA